AUGGGGCGGGCGGGCCGCCGGCUGCCCGCGCUGGCAGCGCUCUUCUACGGGGCGCUGGCGGCCCUGGUGCUGCUGGGCGUACGGGACGUGAUGUUCCUCUACGAAGACAACCGGUGCAGCAUGACCUACAUGUACGAGUACCCCGAGUACCUGAAAAUAAAAUUACCCAAGAAAACAGCCAGACGAUACCCAGCAUAUGAGCUGUAUCUCUAUGGGGAAGGGAACUACGCUGAAGAAAACAAAAAUCUCCUAUUGACAGGAAUUCCAGUUCUCUUUCUUCCAGGGAAUGCUGGCAGUUACAAACAAGUACGUUCUCUUGGCUCCAUUGCACUUAGAAAAGCGGAAGAUGUUGACUUCAAGUACCAUUUUAAUUUCUUCAGUGUCAACUUUAAUGAGGAGUUGGUUGCAUUGUAUGGUGGCAGCCUGCAACGACAGACCAAGUUUGUGCACGAGUGCAUAAAAGUAAUUCUUAAGUUGUACAGGGAUCGCGAAUUUGCACCGAGCAGUGUAGCAAUAGUUGGGCAUUCCAUGGGUGGUCUUGUUGCAAGAGCCUUGCUCACUCUGAAGAAUUUUAAGCCUGAACUUAUAAACCUGCUCAUUACACAAGCCACACCUCACGUUGCACCUGUAAUGCCUUUAGACAAAUACCUUACUGAUUUUUAUACAGCUGUAAACAAUCAUUGGAUUCUAAAGGCCCAAGAUUUAAGAAAUUUAACUACCCUUUCUGUGGCGGGAGGAUUCAGAGAUUACCAAGUUCGUUCAGGACUGGCUUUUCUACCAAGAUUGAGUCAACAUGACAGUGCCUUAUCUGUUGUGAGCUCAGCUGUGCCUAGAGCUUGGGCCUCAACUGACCAUCUCUCCAUAGUGUGGUGCAAAGAACUGAUCCUGGCUACCAUUAGAGCUUUUUUUGAUCUCAUAGAUGAAAACACAAGGCAGAUAACUGAGGAUCCAAAGAAGAGAAUGUCUGUACUGAAUCACCACUUCGUGAGACACCCUGCAAAGAUGUUUGAGGAAAAUCCUGAAGCUUUUACAGACCUCACAGGAGCUUUCGUGUGGAUUACAGUCAAAGGCUCAAAAUGGACUUACUCAGUUUACAAUGAUUCUGAUGGAAAAUAUUUUGCAUUUCCUCUUGCAAGCCACAGAAAAUCAUACAGUCAUGUUUACUGUGAAAAUAGUAUGUUGGACACAAGUAGCUGGAUUUAUGGCUGCAUGAACACUAAUUCAUCAAUGUGCCUGGAAGCUGCUGACUUAUCCUGGAGAGCUGAGUUACUUCCAACCACCAAGGUUGUCAUGCUGAAACUUCUGGACUAUCCUUCUUUGUCCCACAUUGUCAUUCAGGUACCACCUGCAGUUGGCAAUAAGUAUACUUUGGGCUGUGAGUUCUUCAAAGAGGAUUCCAGAACAGUACAGCUCCCUGUAACACAUCUUUUUUCAUUUGGGCUUUCUUCAAGCAAAAUUCUGUUGAAUUCAACUGGAUUAAUUUACAAUGUACAGCUUCAGCAUUUCAACCAAAUAUAUCAAGCUUUCAAAAUUUAUAUAGACAGCCACUGCCAGUCACUCAAAGAAAGAAAACCUAGUGUUUACAGACUUCAUAUCCCCUGGUCAUAUGAAGACUCAAUAACUGUAGCGAAAGUUCCAUCUCGUGCUGAGAUUUCUGCCAAGCUGCACAUGGCCCAGCCUCCCGACGACAGCAGCCUUCCAGAGUUAAACAUCUACUCUUCCCCAGACUGUCAGUAUGAAGUAAUUCUGAAGACAUCACUUCUACAGGUUCUUGGGCAAAUAGUAAGGUUCCAUGCUGGUGCUUUUCCAGUCUAUAUUGUUUCUAAUAUUCUUCUUACUUAUGGAGGACAACUGAGCACACUGAGAUCAACAGGCCAGUGUUCAGACUUCUCCCUCGAGCUAGUUAGGACAGCAAAGCCCUACAAAGUAGAACCUCUUAUAAGCAUUGUUGUGUUUCUGCAAGGGUUUAACUGGUUUAGAGAGAUAUGGGAAUCACUGUCACUGCCAGAGGUGGAUGCUGCUGUACUGAGUAGUCAGGAUGCAUGGUUCCCCCUUGUGUCCCUGAUUCUAUUUCUUUUUGGGACAGGCAUUGCCUACUGGAGUGGAGUAUUUUUCUCUACAUCUCUGAGACUCUUCUCUUCAUUAUGGUUAACUCUGAUUAGACCUACUGAACUUCAAAAAGAUAAGUUAAUUACACCCAGAGGACUCUGUGGGAUGAUAUCUCUUACCUUGGUUAGCUGGACCACUUGUGGUGCAUUUGCUGUACUCAUUAUUUAUCUUCAAUACUUGUUCAAGGUUGUAAAACUGCACGUGACUGCAAGAGCAGAGCAAAACAUGCACAACAGGGGUUCAGACCAUUCCAAAGAAACGUCACAGAACUCCAGUACACACACAGUCAAAGCCCAGAGUUCAGUGGACAGCAUUCCAGAAGCAACACAGUCUCCUUCCAACAGUAAAACACUUGCUGAAGCUGUUAACAGUCUUAGGAUGCACAUUACAAUCCUGAAUUUAUUCACGUGGAUUGUGCUGCUCAACUUGCCAUCUUUAAUUUAUUGGUUAAAAAAUCUCAGGUACAACGUUAGACUUGAUCCUGAUCCCUGUAGAUCCACAGCUAUUAUCCUCGUGUGCAUUUUAGAAAUUCUAAUGAAUUCGAGUACUUCUGAAGUGAAAUCAAGUAAACUCUUGAAGAUUGCAGCCAAAGUUCCACUCCCUUUGUCUGUUGCAAUGCUGGCCUUUGGACGAAUGCAUUUGUACAGAGUCCCACACUUUGUAACCUGUUCUCUUCUUCUACACGUGCUGUGCUGUUUUGUGUAAUGUUCAUUCUAUAUAGGACAUAUAGGACAAUGCACCCUAGAAACUUAACACUGGAGAUGGGAAAAAUUGCAACACAGAAAUGCCUAAAUUAAUAUAAUCAGUAGUUUACAUUAUGUGGGAAAAAGGACAGAACUGUGAAUACUUCACAAAAAAUUCAUGGUUUUAUUCAUGUUGCUUAGAAAACUUUUCCUGGUGUUUAUUUCAUGUCUCUGAAAAUAGAGUGAUUUAACUGUGUAUAAGCCCAUGACUCAUAUCAGUGCAACAUCUCAAUACUCUGCCUUGUAGACACGUUGGUAUUUCACUGUAUUGCUUUGUGAAAACAGACCUUUUCUACUCACUGUGCCAUGCAGUGUCCGUGUUCUGAACUUGCAUCUCUUGCAGGUCUAAAGUAUGCUGGUUAAAACUCAAUACAUUUCAAGCACACUGUGACUAUCACAAAAACCACACAGCCAAGUAGACUUUGAAUUAUUUUAUGUUACGUUCAAAAGCUGCCACAUUUGUGUCUAGACAAACUAGAAUGUACUGCUUAUAUAGAACUGUUAUUUCUAUCAAAUCAUUUGUUCAAUCAGUGUGAGUUGAACAUUUGUGAGAUUAUUGCAAGUCUUACACAUUUUACUUUUUGUGAGAGUGAGAAAACAACAGUAUUCUAUGUAGCUUUCUAUUCAGGAAGGAUACCAGCAAAUUCAUAAACAAUUUGCUGUAAUGUUGUUCUAAAACAUUGUCAGUUUUCUCCGGAAUUUUGAAAUUAAUCCUUGGAUUUUGUCCAUAUGUAGAAGCUGGCAAACAUAGAGAUAUGGUGUGAGUUAACAGUGCUGUUGCUGCACUCUUUCUAAGUAGACAAGGCAGUCUUUUUUCCUGCUGUAAACAGAUAAUCAACCAUCUCCUAAUAAAUGCCAGUACAUCAAAUGAAUAUGGAAUAGUUACGCCCCUGCAAAGUCCCGUCCUGCCAUACAGUGCUAACUUCUGCAUGUGGGCAAACUCAGUAAUAGUGGGAAAUACUGGGAAAUAGUGGGACCGUAAUUGUUAGCUCUGUAUAAAUUUUAUCUUAGUGCCUAGAUGCUACAGUGACUGCCAUUUAUAAUAAAGCCUACAAUAGCUAUGUGUAAGGAAUUCUCUCCCCUGGGCAUGUUUGUUUCUUCUGUUUUGCCCACAGAAGAAAUUGCAGCAGUCCUUAGGUUUAAAUGAUGUAUUGGUUCUGUGUAGAGAUGAGCUUACUGCUGCUUCUGUGUUAGCUGUCUCUGCUGUGUCAGAUACCUGUUACCUUCAUCUGGAAAUACUAGCCCAGCUCAAUCAUCUUACAGGAAUACCACGAGGAGAUCUGCUGCUCACAGUCAAUCAAGUAUACUCUUGAUACAGUAGUACAGCCAGCCUGACCCAUUAAUUCCAUCAUAUCUUAAUCUUGCCUAAAGUGCCUCAGUUAUUUCUAUUGUGUUGUUAGGGGGUCAGUUCCUUUGAGCUGGCUGGAAAGACUCAAUUCACACAGUGACUUUCCAAAAUGAAGGACAAAUGUGAAGAAAGCCACAUGUGUUUUGUUUGCUUAUAUCCAAGUCAGCUGUUCAAGUUAUUAGCAAGUCAUUAAAAGUGCUGUAACUGAGCAAGGGUAUUGUAGUUAGCCAAGCCACUGUCACUGUUAUCAGUAAUCUAUGUGCUGGUAUCCUAGUCUUAACCUUUUUAAAAAAGAAGGUUAGAUUAUAUAUAGUGUUUGUAAAUCAGCAAAGUUAAUUGAAUAGAUUAUAUCUUGGUAUUUUGUAAUCAAAUGUAUGCUACAGUAUAUGUAUAUAAGAUAAUUCGUGUGACUUAAUAUACUUGUAGCUAAAUGCACCGGUUGUUUUAACUAGAAAUUGCUGUUCAGACAUAGAAGAAUAGAGUUGUACGUGGAAAUAGCUGUGAAUGAAAGAUGGUGGCAGAACUGCACUAGGGCUGGUGAAGGGCUGUGAAAUGUGCAGGGUCUGAUUUCUGUGGAAGAUAGUUUUCCUUGAUUUUCACUUGGCUUACUACUCUGCUUUACUUCUAAUUUCGUUUUGCCACCUUAACCGGCUCUUUGUACAUGAAUCCAUGUGUUGGAACUGUUGGAAGUUAAACAGCCUUGAUAUUCAGUAUCUUUGAUAGCUUUCAAAAUAUACCAUAAAGUGAAACCUACUGAAUUACAGCAGCAUAGGAUAACACCAAAGGUUUUUUCCAUUUAAUGAUUUUUUUUACUGAAGUUCUGUUGAUGACUGUUAGCACUCUUCAUAAAGUGGGUUCCAGAAUAUCUUGUGUAUGUUCCUGCCUGGUUUUCAAGUUGGAGGUAGGAAUAGGUAUAACCCCGAGUCUGAGAUCCCAGAUGACAAGGGUUUUUCACAUCUCCCUCAAUGCUUCCUCUUCCCAGAGACAGUUUACCUUUACUGGGGAAAGGAGAAGUCUUAUUCCUGUUUUGAAUUUAAAUGCACUGUGUGCCAUUUAAUAGAUUUAAACUGUUGCCAGAGAGUGCAUCUGGAUUGUGCAGUGAUCAUGGACUGGACAACUUCAGCUGUUUGGCGGAUUAGGAGCCUAAUCCAAAUUAGAUUUGCCAUAUAACCAAUGGAUGCUAAUAGGAUUAGGACAAGUCUUAGAAUUCAUCCCAUUCUAAAAGAGGAUGAAUUAUCCUGCUUGUCAUUCUGAAAAGGACUAGAUUUUGUAAGAGUCUGAGGUUGUUUUUCGGGUAAAAUACAAUGAUGUUACUUUUGGACAAGAAGCUUCUGUUAGGUGAAUCUGUAGUUCUGCCACUGUUCACAGUUUUCAUUUCAGCAGAAACACAGGAUAACCCAAUAUAUAUAUAUAUAUAUAUACUCUUAAUUGCAUACAUAAGGAGAUGUAAAUUUUACUGAGAUAUCCUUUAUUAUGAGUGGGCUGCAUUUAUAAAACAGCUUUUGGCAAAUACAUUAUAAUGUCUCUUAUUACCUUUAAGUACAUUAAAAUUUCACAUUAUUCUUCCAAAUUUUAGAUUAUCUAGACUAUGUGGGAGGGAGAUCAAGGCACAGAUUUUAAGGGUUUAGACCUCAGGAUGCAUUCAAAAUAAGAACUAUUUAUGUUAUCUAAUUUUUUUUUAAAUAAGCUAUGAGAAACAGAAUGAGGAAACAGGGUAAGAACUCAAAAUACUAAAUGCCACUGAUUUUUGAUGCAGCAGAAUCUUAUCUUUCUUUGACAGGGAGAGAUUUAAUGAGAAGCCUUCAGUGAUAGCUGCAUAUCCUAAAAUUACUCUUGAAGUCUAUAGUCUUUUCUGCUUGGUGUCAUCAAACAUGUUCCUCACAGUCUCAUCCUGCUGCAAUGACACGUGUAGCUAACACUUCAUAGAAAGUCUUUAUGUGUCUGAUAAGGACAAAUUCACAUCUUCACUGGAAUUACCAAAUAUACCUUGGAACUGUGUGAAUUCCUCUUGUCCAAAGCUAAUCUUUCCAGUUGUGAUUUAAAAGUUGAUUGCAGUGGGUCACAUUUCAGGAUCCUGUUGAAAGAGGAUUAGUUUGGGGGGUUUUGGUGGGAGGUUUCUUUGUAUGUUUUAUUUCUAAGAAACCUGCAGUAACUGGAAUUUAAGUUAAUAUUAUUAUUGACAUUUAGAGUUCUGCCCUGAUUUUGGUUUUGAGUGAGCUAAUUCAUGUAGCAAAUCAUUCCUUACUAUUAAAUGGCUACAUUUCAAAACAAAUAGAUGAAUAAUGACAAAACCUCAAGCAGUGCAGUAGCAAUGCAUUGUAGAAGGCACAGAGACUGCUGGUAUGUCUAAGUGAAUUUUUCACCUGUAACCUGAUUGGGCUAACUAUAAAGUCAGUGAUUAAUGAAAUAAAAUGUAUUGACAUUUAACCUCAAAAGCAUUACAUAUGUCAGUGUUUGAUACACCUCAUUUUCCAUGUGUUUGCCAGUAACAAGUGAUGAACUCACUUGGUGUUUUUCUGAAAUCCGAUAAAUCUGAUACAUCUGACAGCACAGAAUGAACUCCAUUAUGUAGCCAUUAAUAAAUGUAAACAUUUGAGAAAUGUUCAUUUGAAUCAAGUUGAUUUCAAUGCAGGGUUGAGUGUGUUUAGACUUUUGUUGUAUUUAUAUUGAGAUAAAACCAGCCAUUUACUGACAUUUAAUACUCUGAGCUAUGAAAAUGUUUUUGGAAGUGGUUGUAGAGUCUGUACAGAAUUGUGCUGCUGUUCUAAGUCACUAAGCUACUAUAAAAUUGUUAGUUGUAAAGUAGACUGAAUUCUUAAUGCUUGUUCUCCAUUUAAUGUUUUAAUGGUGAAUGUUUCUCACUUAAUUUACAGCUUUGACUUUUUGCAUCUCUUUUUUUUUCUGGGAGAUGAUCAGUCUAGCUUUUGUAAGCACUGUACUGUAAAAUAAAAUUUUCACCAUUGUUCCUUUA